AUGCAUCCUCAUUUAAGUCACCUAGGUUCAGAUCUUUGUCGGGGUGUUCUAGAGUAUGCUGAAGGGCGGCCACUAGGAAAGUAUGGGUUGUGCUGGUUGAAGAUACACUUGGCUAACAAAUAUGGUGGUGGCAUUGAAAAGCUUUCUCACGAGGGCAAGCUAGCUUUUGUGGAGAACCAACUGUUUGAUAUAUUUGAUUCAGCAGCAAAUCCUGUUGAUGGGAACUGCUGGUGGACGAAUGUUGAGGAUCCCUUUCAGUGUUUAGCUCCAUGCAUGGACCUUUCUGAUGCCUUAAGAAGUCCAUCACCUUACCAUGCUGUCUCUCACCUGCCUAUUCAUCAGGAUGGUUCAUGCAAUGGUUUACAACAUUAUGCCGCUCUUGGAAGGGACUAUAUGGGCGCGGUUGCUGUCAACCUUGUUCCCGGAGAGAAACCCGCAGAUAUCUACUCAGAAAUAGCUUCUGGUUAUUGA